AUGUCGAUUCCAGGAAUCAACUUUUGCUUUGCUGCGCUGCUGCUCAGCCGCGGCUGCUCCGUUGUCAUCGCCGAUAUCUCGCUCCGGCCGGAAGCUCAGAAGCUGGUGGAUGAGUACAGCACGAAAGAGGCGGGCAGGCCGCGAGUCGUGUUUGUGCAGACGGACGUGACCGACUGGCAGCAGCUAGAACGCAUGUUCAGCGUGGGCGUGGACGAGUUUGGCCAGAUUGACAUUGUGUGUCCCGGAGCGGGCAUCUACGAUCCGCACUGGAGCAACUUCUGGCAUCCUCCCGGCAUGCCUGGCGGGCAGAGCAAAGACAGUCCCGAGGGGGGCCGCUACGCCAGUCUCGACAUCAACGUCACGCAUCCCAUCCGCACGACGCAGCUGGCCAUUUCGCACUUCCUGAACCCGCCACCAGGCGUCGACAAGGUCGGCCCGCAGAACCCCAAGAGAGUCAUCAUCAUCUCGAGUGUAGCGGGCCAAAAGGCCAAUCUCACCACGCCCAUUUACAUAGCGGCGAAGCACGCCAUGAAUGGCUUUAUCCGCUCGCUCGGCGCCCUCGACGCGCAACUGGGCAUCCGCGUCAACGGCGUGGCUCCCGGUGUUAUCAAGACACCGCUUUGGACCGAGCACCCGGAAAAAAUGACGUUUCUCGAUCUGUCCAAGGACAUGUGGGCGACGCCCGAGGAGGUGGCAGAGGCCAUGCUGAGGUGUCUGCAGGAGCCUGACCUGGGCGGAGGCACCAUCCUCGAGGUGGGUGCUAAUCAGACGAGGCUCGUCGAGGCUUUGAAUGACCCCGGACCCAGCGGCGCCGGACAUACGGUUAGUAAGUUGCAGGAUCAGUACAGCGAGGUAUACGGGUGGUUGGGCCAGGAGGGAUGGGGUGUUAGCCAGACAAAGGGUUGA